AUAACCAACAUGGGAUACAUAUUUUACAGUAGUUUGUUCUGUUUAAUACUAGUGUAUUCAGUUGAUGCGUUCUGUGGCAAAAAUGAAGUUUACUACGAAUGCCAACCAUGCGCUGCAAUCAACUGUUUCGAAUCGCCUCCUUUUUUUUGUCCAAAAAUAUGCCAAAAUCCAGGGUGUUACUGUGCACCUGGAUAUUUAAGACAAAAUGGAAUCUGUAUUCCCGAAGAACAGUGUUCUAGUGGUUUCUGUGGACCCCAUGCGAGCUACUCCGAAUGUCAGCCAUGCGCUGCGAUCAACUGUGGAGAUAGAGAUCCGGAAGUUUGCCUGGAUUGGUGUAUUAACCCAGGUUGUUAUUGCGAUCCUGGAUAUUUACGGUACAAUGGGGUCUGUAUACCCGAAAAAUUCUGUCCUACUGCAACCUGCGGCAAAAAUGAAGUCUAUCGUGAAUGUCAACCAUGCGCUGCUAUCAACUGUGGAGAUAGAGAUCCGGAAGUUUGCCUGGCUUGGUGUAUUAACCCAGGUUGUUACUGCAAGAAGGGAUUUUUGAGAAAGAAUGGGGUCUGUGUGCCAGAAAAAUUCUGUUCGGAUUUACCGCAAUUAGCUUUGGGAUUAAGAAUCGCCGUAUAUAAGACAUGUAAAAUUGUGUCUGGUUUAAAAAAAAAGAUGGAGAAAAUAACCAGUGCUCCGUAUAUGUGCGCCUUAGUCCUGUUGUCUUUAGUAUUCGUAUAUUCUCGAGCUGAUACGGAUGGUAAUAGUGUUAAUGUGUCCUGCUACAAAAACGAAGUUUACUACCAAUGCCAACCUUGCGGCGCAAUCAACUGUGGAGAUAAACCGACGGAAAUUUGUACCGCCCUCUGCCAGAAACCAGGGUGUUACUGCAAACCAGGUUAUUUAAGGAAGCAUGGAAUCUGUGUUCCCGAAAAAUUCUGUGAUGUCUGUGGUCCAUUCGAGUGUUACUACGAGUGUCAACCAUGUCGUCCCCUUAAUUGCGGAGAUCCGAAAAUCGAAAUUUGCCCACUUAUAUGCCACAAACCCGGAUGUUACUGUAUACCAGGGUACUUGAAAAAGAAUGGAACAUGCGUACCCGAGAAACUCUGCUCUGGCUGUAUUGAGUAAACGGUUUGAUGAUGAAAACAAAUGCA